AUGGAGAACUUCCGGCACGGAGAAAGUGCCCGGCUGAAGGAUCUGCCCAGAGAAUACAUCUCAACUUUAAAGCGUCGUAUAUCUUGGUUGGAAGGUAUUGUGCGCUCAAGAUGUCCUGACGUUGAUUUAUCUCAGGAGCCGCCUCCUGAGACUAGAGAAGCCUCGAGUGAAGCUGCUCUGGAUGAUACCACAGACACGAUACUGCAUCAACCAGUUAGGUCGGCUCCUGGGCCUACAGGGGCCGGUGCCCUGUCCCAUGAGAUUGGACUGGUGUCUCUGGGGACAAACCAAGACCCAAGAUACAUCGGCCCUUCUAGUGGCUACUUUCUGGCACGAGUGAUGCUCAACUCGUCCUCUAAGCAGGACGAGAGGCUCAACCGAGCAGGUCGCGAUGCCCCUUUUCCUAUCAAGCUUAUUGAGGCGAUCCAAGGGCCACUCUCCCUUCCAGCUCGAGACAUGGCGAAGCAGUUGUGCGAUGCUUACUUUGACGCGAUACACCUGCAGUACCCUAUCCUUCAUAGGCCUACAUUCUUAAAGAUGUUGGAUCAGGCCUAUGAGCAAGAAGAAAAUGGCCCUGUUGUUGGCUUUCAAGUAUUCAUGGUUCUGGCCAUAGGGGCUACCGUACUAUCCGGUCGGCUCAGGGCUCGCAUACCAGCAGAAUCAUACUGCCUGUCCGCCCUACAGCAUCUCGAACAACUCAACCUCGAAAAUUCCUUACAAGGCGUCCAGUGUUUGCUCCUGCUUCUCAUAUUCACUAUUCAUAGCCCCUUUGUCCGGUUGAACGUGUGGUACCUCAAUUAUCACUGCCUCGCUGCCUUGCUUGACCUGGGCCUUCAGCGCAACAUCAACAUUGGUUCCGGGAUAUCUUUGCUGGAACAGGAGAUGCGUACGCGUAUCUUUUGGGUCAUUUUCUCUUUUGAUCGGAUCAUUGCGACCAUGAUGGGUCGUCCCAUUGGUGUGAGGGAUGAGGCGUGCGAACUUCGUAUGCCCCAAGGGUUGAGUGACAAUGAGCUUGGAGAUAUAAACCAGCCACCGCUCCCAGGAUCUGAUAAGGAGAUGGACUUUGCGAUGCAUCUCUUCAAGGCGGCCAAGCUCAACUCGGAGAUCAAGUACGUUGCCAACAGCAUCGUCAGAGACUCGCCAAGUUACGCAUACCCCCCGGUCGUCGAUAUAAAUGGCUGGCAAACAUCUAUGCUGCGCCAGUUGGACGAGUGGGCAAGCCAGAUCCCAGUCUCCCCUAACGAACCAUCCGAAUUUUACCUCCGGACGACCUGCCAACUGCGCUAUCACGGCCUGAGGAUGCUUCUCCUCAGACCCAACCCCGCUAUACCCAAGCCUUCCAGCGAGGGUCUGAUACAGUGCCACCAGAGUGCUUGCGAGAGUAUCAAGUUGUUUGAUAGCUUGUACAAGAAGAACCUCUUGGUGCACAGCUGGGUGACGUUUCAUGCUCUGGUGCUCAGCACAAUCACCUUGCUAUACUGCAUCAAAGUGGUACCAGAGAUUGCGCGGGAUACUGAGAUUGAUGUUCUCAUGGGGGACCUGAGCAUUUCUCUGAGUGUUCUGAGCGCCACUGGUGAGCAUUGUCUGGCAUUACAACCAGUCAUGGGGCUAUUCGUGAGACAGAAGGGCCAGUCGUCACGUCUGCGCAAACCACAUUGGCAGGCCUAG